UGCCGUUGUGAUAAUUAUUUGGAAUGGGCGAAGUCAUCCUCUUGGCCCACAAGUCCACAACCCUUAGUAGGCUAUCUCUGGUGCGAAAUUCGCUGCAUGGCAAUCAAGGUGGGUGUGCGGUUCAUCGAUAUUCAAUCCAGCAUUGGUAGCUCUCCUACCUUCCAACCACACACCUUUAUUAUAUCCGCCUAAAAUAGGCCCAAACCCAUCCCUUCUUUUGUAUUGCAAGUUCUCUGCUUUUGCUGGUUUCUGUACGAGAUCUCGUUCAAAAUUCUUAGUUCCUCCUUUGGUUCUCUCAGCUCCUGUUGUUCUCUCUCUGAAUCUUGAGCUGAAUCCUUUGGAGUUUUAAAGCGUUUUUUUGCUUGUCAUUUGGUGAAUUGGGUCUCGCUCAUUUCAUCUCGAAAAUGAAGGUAGCUGUAGUUUCACGCAGUGGUAGAGAGAUUGUCAAAGGAGGCCUUGAGCUUAAUGAUUCAGCUAUAGUGGCUGAUCUGCAGGAGGCAAUCUAUAAGCGAACCAAAAAAUUCUACCCUUCAAGACAGCGACUGACCCUGCCUCUUCCACUGGGAUCAAAGGACAGGCCUAUUGUCCUUCAUUACAAGAAGAGUCUUAAGGAUUACUGUGAUGGGAAUUCGGACAACAUAACUGUAGUUUUCAAGGACCUGGGUCCACAAGUUUCUUACCGCACACUUUUUUUCUGGGAGUACUUGGGUCCUUUGAUCAUAUAUCCUGUCUUUUACUUCUUCCCUGUGUACCAGUACUUUGGCUACAAGGGGGAGCGUGUCAUUCGCCCAGUUCAGACAUAUGCUUUAUACUAUUGGUGCUUCCACUACUUCAAACGUAUCAUGGAAACAUUUUUUGUGCAUCGAUUUAGUCAUGCAACUUCACCUCUGUCCAAUGUUUUCCGAAAUUGUGCUUAUUAUUGGACCUUUGGUUCCUACAUUGCCUACUAUGUGAACCACCCACUUUACACUCCUGUUAGUGAUCUUCAAAUGAAGAUUGGUUUUGGUUUUGGUUUGGUUUGUCAAGUUGCAAACUUUUAUUGCCACAUUUUGCUGAGAAAUCUUCGCACUCCAGAUGGGAGUGUAGGUUACCAAAUUCCACGUGGUUUUCUCUUCAAUAUCGUGACAUGUGCAAAUUACACAACAGAGAUUUAUCAGUGGUUGGGUUUCAAUAUUGCAACUCAGACUGUUGCAGGCUAUGUCUUUUUAGUGGUUGCUGCUAUGAUCAUGACUAAUUGGGCCCUUGCAAAGCACAGGCGAUUGAAGAAGCUAUUUGAUGGGAAGGAUGGAAGACCUAAAUAUCCACGUCGAUGGGUCAUCCUGCCUCUGUUCCUGUAGAAUUGACCUGCAAUUCUGCUACUUAUUCAAUGCUUUAGUGCUUGGUUUUGGCAACAUAAUGAAUUUCAGAUUGUGGUUCAUUCUUCUCAGAUACUAGGUGGAGCUCACGCUUUCACCAAAUUGCUUGAAGAUAAAAGAUCUUAGUCUCUUUGAUUUAGACAGGAAUCUAGAGGAUAAUCUUGUCAAAUAUUUUCUUUUAUUAAAACUUUCUCCAGUCUGUUAAAUUAUAUGGGGAUUUUCUCCAGUCUUGUUGGCUUAACUAAUUUGUUGAAUCGUGACUUCUUGACGAUCAUCAUUAUUUCUUGGUUUCUUUCU